UGUUGAGAAUAGAAGCAACGCAGCAACAGUCAAUAACACUGAAUAGAAAUGCUGCAAAUAACGACAGAAAAUGUUGGAAAUCCCGAGCAGGCUGCAUGUGUAGAGAGAUGCAGAAAUGAUGUUUCAAUUCAGCUGUCCUUGCUUAUUUAGUGGUGAACAGUUUAUAAGCAAAUAUAGUAAGCUGGGACAAAGAGGGUAAGAAAUGAAUAGUGAUGUGGAACAUGGGACGAACAAUCCUUUUGGCUGUGGAGAGAUGGUUACAUCCAUGAGCUGCAUCUGAACCCUUCCACAACUUCAGACUCCAGUGAAAGAGUGUAAAGGUACAAGUACUAUGAGCGAUGGGCAACUGCCAAUGAUUUUCCAGUGGAAAACAUUAUUAAUGAUGGAUCGACAACCAGUCAAACACAAUUGGGUGCAGUGGCUGACUUGGAGCUAGUGAUCAGGAGCAAGAGGUUCACUGAUGAUGUCAUGGUGGUUGCUGGGGAUAUGCUAUGUGAAGAUCUGAACUUUGAUAUAGCUGAAGUUCUCAAAUUCUUUACGUUUAAGAAGGGAGAAUUGGUAAUUUACUAUGAAAUGGAAGAAGGAGAGAAAACAGAAUCUCGGGGAAUAGUUGAGGUGUGCCCCUCGACACACAGAAUCACCAAGUUUUAUGAGAAGCCCUCUGCAGAUGUUACAGAAUCGAGGCUGGCAAGUGUUGUCUUUUAUUGUUUCCAAAGCAAGACACUGCCAACUCUUGGAGAGUAUUUGAAGUAUCAUCCACUGGUGGAGGAUCGAAGGCUUGGGAAGUAUAUGGAAUGGCUCAUCAACAAGACUGGAAUCACAGUGUUUGGAAUGAAGCUGCCUACUGGAUUCCAGCUAAUUGGGCAAGUGGAUCUCUCUGAAUACAAGAAGUGGCUGGCAUGCUACUCUUCAAAGCAACAUGGUUUUGCUGCCAAAUCAAUCACCUGUCGUUCCUACGCAAGGAUUGGAAUUAUGGGAAAUCCAUCAGAUGGCUUCUACGGGAAAACCAUUGCCAUGACGAUAUCUAAUUUCUGGGCUGAUGCAAUGAUAUGCGAAAGCAAAAAAGUCGUGCUAAUACCGCAUCCUCUCAAUGAUCCAACAGAGUUUGGCAGCUUGCAAGAUUUGCACAGGAUCAGUAGGAAGGAAGGGUAUCUGGGUGGUCUGAGACUGCUUCAAGCAACUUGUAAGAAAUUCUACCAAUACUGCUCUGAACAAGGAAUCGCUUUGGCCAAACGGAACUUUACUCUGAAAUACGACACUAAUGUACCACGGCAGGUGGGCCUUGCUGGAAGCAGUGCUAUUGUGUCAGCUACACUUAAAUGCUUGAUGAAGUUUUAUGAUUUAAUUGAUGAUGAUUUGCCAAAGCCACUCAGGGCAAACUUCAUUCUGAAUGUAGAGACCGAAGAGUUAAUUAUUACAGCAGGACUUCAGGAUCGGGUGGUCCAGGUUUACGAGGGACUGGUUUACAUGGAUUUCAACAAGGAGUUGAUGGAGAAACAAGAUUAUGGAAGAUAUGUUACCAUGGAUAUAAGCUGUGCGCCACAUUUCUGGCUUGCUUAUAUGGGAGAUCCAAGUGAUUCUGGGAAGAUCCACAGUAAUGUGCGACAGAGAUGGCUCAAUGGUGACUGUGAUGUUAUGGCAGCAAUGAAAACCUUUGCAGAACUCACUGAUCUAGCGAAGACAGCCAUGGAGUCUCGGAAUUGGAAUGAACUUUCUGAGCUGAUGAACAAAAAUUUCGAACUACGCAGGUCCAUAUACACAGAUGCUUGUUUGGGCCAAGGAAAUUUGAGGAUGGUGGAACUUGGCAGACAGUUUGGCUCUGCAGUAAAGCUUCCUGGCAGUGGAGGAGCAGUGAUUGGUCUCUGCCUAGAUCCUGACAACUUGGUAGGUUGAAAUAAUUCUUUCUGCAUUAAAGUAGAUCAGUUGCAGGAGUUAUGAGUUAAAAACAAAAUCAACCAAAGUUCUUACAGAGAUAGUAGGAACUGCCGAUGCUGGAGAAUCUGAGAUAACAAGAUGUAGA